CCGAAUUUGGAACCCCCUCCCUCCCCCACUCCAUCUCUCUCUCUCUCUCUCUCUCCACCGCUUUCUCUGCAACUGCCGAAUUCCGCCAGUCUCUUCUUCCACUUCCUCCUCCUCCUCCUCCUCCUCCUCCUCUCGGCGUCGCCGACCGGAAAGCCUCCUCCUUUUCGCCUGAGAAUCUCGCCUCCCGCCGGUAUCGCGCCUCGGCUUCCGGCUUUCCUUCCUCCCCGCCCGCGAAUCAUGCCGAGCGUCGCCCGCGACCCCUCGCCGGCGGGCCGAAUCUCGAAGCGGACUGCGGCGGCGGCGACGGCGGCGGCGGCGACGUCACGCGGCGCAGCCACGCGCCGGGUGUGAAAAGGGUAAAGAAGAGGCGGAGGGAACUGAUGAUGUUCAGGUGCUGAAAUCGCAGACAAGUUCUUCGAAGUUUGGUUUCUUUUUGGUUCCGGGAGAGGGUGGGGGAGAGGAUGAUAUCUUCGGGGAUAAACCUGGUGAUGACGGUGAUCGGGUUCGCGGUGAGCACCAUGUUCAUCGUCUUCGUCUGCACGCGCCUCAUCUGCGCUCGGAUUCAGCUCAACGCCUCUCGCCGCUCCUUCGCACUCGCCGGCCGAUCCGAUCUUGGCAUUCUAGAGCGGGGUUUACAUGGUCUUGAACCUGUAGUGGUGUCUAAAUUCCCGACGAAGAGAUACAGCGACGAGUUCUUCUCCGAGGUCGACAAUUCUCAAUGCACUGUUUGUUUGGCUGAAUACCAUCACGAAGACAUGCUGCGUAUCCUUCCCAGUUGUGGGCAUUCUUUCCAUGCUACUUGUAUAGACAUAUGGCUUCAGCAGCAUUCCACGUGUCCGGUCUGCCGAAUUUCAUUAAGAGAGUUUUCGGACAAGAAGCGUUCAAUGCAACCUUUAUUUAGUUCAGCUCUUCGACCUCAUCGAGGCAUGGAGACUGUGCGUGUGCACUCCCCUCAUUGUCCAUUGGCUGCUCACAACUUCACGUCAAGAGCCAACUACGCCCAUAGGAUGGACCCCAUACGAGAGGAUCGAUUUGCAACCAUGGAAGGUAGAUCAGAACCUGGAGAGAGCAUCCACACAUUGGAUGAGCCUGGUCAGUUUUCAAAAGAUAAAGGAAAUGCGCACACAGAAAGCCAAUCUAAUGCAUGACAAUCUUGGGAUGAAGAGCUAGCCAGACUCUCUUAGACCGAAAACUAUAAGAUAUAGGUCCACCCAAGAAAGGAUCAUUCUCGAAACUUCGUUGCUGCUGUCUCUCGAGGGUUCUCACAUAUGUUGUAAAUAUGGUAAAAAGUCUUUUUCCUAAUAUUUGUUGAUCUCCCUUAGCAUUAUUAGUUAAUUGGUGGGGCAGUUUUGUUUAGCUCAGUUGUAGAACAUGGUGGUUUCUAUCAGUGGUGGACUGGUGAUUUUCUUUCCUCUCAUUGGGUCCACUCUUCUGACUUUCCCAAUUACCUCUGAUUUACUCCAUAAUCUCCACAACAGCUGUAUCAUCAGUGGGCCUUGCUCUUUUACUCGACAAGAGCGCUGUAUCACCUCCUUUUUGGUUGUGCUAAGUCUCGAUGUUUUCAGCAGCUUGCUACAGUAUUUUCUAUCCAUGUAAAUCUUGAUGUGGCUCCACCCAAAAUAUGAUUACGAUCUUCGGAGAAGUCAGAUUCGGUUUUCCGGUGUACCUAGCCGCCUUUUCUCUUUACCUGAGAGAAAGCAGACACUGGAUGAUUGAUUCUAUGUUCUCUUCCAUUUGUAAAGCACUAUCGUUUGUUUCUAUCUCCAGGACGAGCUUUCGUUUAUAGUAGACAUUUGUGUGGGACUCUCAUGUACCCUUA